ACAGGUGGCGAACGGAAUGGCGGAGUUUUUAGCACAGGUAGUCUGUGGCUAGUUUUAGUUUAACCGUCGCUGAAUACACCCACCAGAUCAGAGUUGUUUCGUUGGUCUGUGGAUGGGUGCAUCGUGGAAGGCACUGAACCGUGAAACAGCAGUGAAAUAUUGUGCGUGUAAGAUGAAAUCAAACUUUAUCGCGUGUCUCGCGUUGGCCGCAUGCUCGCUGGAAGCCCUUUCUGUCGAACUGCAGCCAGGCGUGAUGGGGCGACUGCAAGAUCGUCACAAGCGAACGUUGGUAUUCACAUCCGAUAGUGCAACUGGGAUCUUGUUUGCUCUUUCCGUACCACUGCUCAUACCCGAUAGAAAUAUCUUUUUGGCGUACAAUUUCGAGGCAAACUAUGGCAUGCCCGGAAAGGCGAGCGAUUUUACCCAGGGCGUGCUGAAGAAGGUGGACAACGAUCAAAUACACCCGGAAGAGGGCGAAGCGGCUGAGGAAAAACGGUCAAUACGUACCACAGCAUCAACAACAGCAACAGCAGGAUUUACACGCAAAAAGGUAUAUCGAAUGAUUGAGCUCAACCUUAAUCGGCACGGGUAUGACGGAAAGAAGUGUAUACUCCGGAUGAUCUGCGAGCUGGCCAAACAUCCGGUGCGCGAUGGGAACGGAAUAGUCGGUGAUCUGUUGCAGCUUGUGUUUACGCCCUCCGGAUCGUGCAACGAGGGACUGCCUGAUGAAUUUUAUCACGCCGAGGAAAGCGGAAAGCGAGAAAACUGUGCCAAGUAUAGUAGAUACUGCCCCAAGGAUCCGUUGGAGGCGAUAAGUCUGAUUUUAUGAAAUAAUUGA